AUGGGUUCACAAUUAAAGAGCGAAAUGGCUAGGGAAUGGACCUACCGAUUUCGUGGUAUUCAGCUGGACAACUCCAUGAUUCCACCUCUUUACCCUAGACGCUUGUUGAAAAGCGCCUUCCUAGAGGGAACUUUUUUUGUUCCUACUGUGCAGGCCUUACCAUACGUUGCUCUAUUGAUCGCGAUGCUCUUCUUCAUCUUCGCCGUCAUCGGAAUGCAACUGUUUGGCAAAAUCAGUCUAGAACAACCUGGUCAGGAUCCGCCAUGGGCAGAUGGCAUUAUCCAUCGAAGCAACAACUUCCGCAACUUUUUCUAUUCCCUCCUCGUUCUCUUCCGAUCGGCGACUGGCGAAUCGUGGCAUGAGAUAAUGCUUGCGUGCACACCAGGUGAGUGA